AUGAAUAUGAAUUGAGAAGUGUUGCUCAAUGGUUGGAUCUUGGAUGGAUAGUUCGGGAAUAGAGAGAGAAAGAAAGUUGGCAUUCAGGUUCAGGAUUGAUACUAUUCUUACCUCAUUGUGUUUCGACUCCAUUAGCUGUGAGUGACUGUCAGUUGACUGAUACGGAGUCUUACACAAAAUGUCGACCGCCGCAGCCGCCAGCGUCGUCGGGUCUUUCUACGUCCGGCGACCGUCACCCAAAAUGAGGUCACGGCGGCGGGUGGUAAUGGCCGUCCGAUCUGGUGUCAGCCUUGAAGAAGCUUCGAUCUUGACUAAGCUGGAGCAGGAAUGCGCCACCCCUCUGCCUGUCUUGCGCCGUGUGGCAAAUUCCAUGGCGGCUGAUGUCCGGGCUGGCCUCGCUGUGGAUGGCGGCAGCGAUCUGAAGAUGAUUCUCAGCUAUGUCGAUACAUUGCCAACUGGGAAUGAGAAGGGGAUGUUUUAUGCAUUAGACCUUGGUGGGACUAAUUUCCGAGUGCUAAGAGUACAAUUGGGAGGGAAGGAGGAGCGUGUAGUUGACACUGAAUUUGAACAAUUGUCUAUACCACAAGAACUGAUGUUUGGUACCUCUGAGGAACUUUUUGAUUUCAUUGCUUCUGCAUUGGCAAAGUUUGCAAAAAAGGAGGGUGGGAAAUUUCAUAUGCCGCCUGGAAGGACGAGGGAAAUAGGAUUUACUUUCUCUUUCCCCGUGAAGCAGACUUCUAUUAACUCUGGCAUUCUAAUCAAAUGGACCAAGGGGUUUAGUGUCUCUGGAACUGUGGGGAAAGAUGUGGUUGCUUGUUUGAAUGAAGCCAUGGAGAGACUAGGAGUAGACAUGCAAGUAUCUGCUUUGGUUAAUGACACAGUGGGAACGCUAGCUGGAGCAAGGUAUUGGGAUGAUGAUGUGUUGGUUGCUGUCAUUCUCGGAACCGGAACAAAUGCUUGCUACGUUGAGCGCACUGAUUCCAUUCCUAAACUCUCACAUCAGCAGUCUGCUUCUUCAUCAUCUGGAUUAAUGGUUGUAAAUACAGAGUGGGGAGCAUUUUCAAAUGGACUUCCCUUGACAGAAUUUGAUAGAGAAAUGGAUGCUGACAGCAUUAAUCCUGGUGAGCAGAUAUUUGAGAAGACAAUUUCGGGUAUGUAUCUUGGAGAGAUUGUACGACGAGUCAUUCUUAAAAUGGCCAAAAGUGGCUUGUUUGGAAACUCAGUUCCAGAAAAGUUAUUCACCCCAUUUGUUCUCGGGACACCGGAUAUAUGUGCGAUGCAUCAAGACUGUUCCAGAGAUCUUGAAGGUGUUGGAUCAAUCCUCUAUGACUUGGCUGGGGUGAAUUCUGAUGCAAGUGCAAGGAGGACAGUAGUUGGGGUGUGCGAUGCCAUUGCAAAGCGUGGGGGACGCCUGGCGGGUGCAGGAAUUGUAGGGAUUCUAGAGAAGAUGGAAGAGGAUUGUAAGGGUCGCGUGUUCGGGAAGAGAAUUGUUGUAGCCAUGGAUGGAGGGUUGUAUGAGAACUAUCCGCAGUACAGAGGCUAUCUCCAAGAAGCCGUGACUGAGCUCCUGGGAGUAGGGAUCUCAAAGAAUGUGGUGAUUGAACAUUCCAAAGAUGGGUCUGGUAUUGGUGCUGCUCUCUUGGCUGCUGCCAACUCCAAGUAUGGCCAGUCACCGCUUUUUUAGACAGUUGGCUUGCAUUUACUCCGUAGUAUGUAUAGAGAAAGACUUACCCUGCUUAAUAGGCUGAUGUUAAUUCUUUGAACAAAAAAACUAUGUAUGGAUCUCACUUGUAUUAUUGAUUAUUGAAUUCCAUAAAUGACAUAAAGGAAACUCUUUUUUCCUUGGACUGACUAUGAAAUGCCCGUGUGAAUGUGAUGUAAAUCGCUUGUAUUAGAAACCUUUUGGGUAUU